GAAGGAGAUAUUCAAUAUUUAAAAAAAUAAACCUUCUAACCAACUCUUCCGAAUACUUUGCAUAUUUUAAUGCAGUGACGUAUAUUUUAUGUUUUUAAUGUCAUUUGUUUUCAUUGCAGUUUUUCUAUAGAAUAUUCUCAUCAUGGAAAAAUUUCGUAGUGCAUCUGUUCCACAUAUCAAAUUUGACUUACCUAGGAAACAGUUUUCUCAUUUCUCUAUUCAUACACGGGCUAUGCAAUGUGGAUGGGAACACAGCGGCAAGUUUGCUCUUUUUUUCACAAUCCUGCUUAUGAUAGCUAUUUUAGUUCCAUAUACAAUAGGUCUGGCUAAUGGAAAUAUCAGGCCCUUGUUACCACUUAUAAGUCAAGCAAGUGCAGAACCUUCGCAGAAUGGAAUUUUUAACAUCAUGCUGUACAUUACUGCCAUCAUUGGAGGUGUAAUGGUCAGCGUGCGGUAUGUACAUGUUUCUAGUCAAAAUGAGUCCAGAAACUGGCGACUUAAUGUACUAAAUAAACUAGGACUGACGUCUGGUUUUGUGUCCUUUGGCGGUUUGAUAGUUGUUGCUUCAUUUCCUGUAUCUAUUCGUCCUGUGGAGCAAGAACAGUGGGAAUCAUCCGUGUUUGUGCCUCAUAUGAUGGGUGCAUUCUUCGCCUUCUUCUUUGGAGCUUUGUAUCUGCUGUUUCAAACCUGCCUGUCUCUUUUUUUCUACGAAGGAAAUGGACGUCUUGUUCUCUUGCGAUUCACACUCUUCUUGUUGUGCGCUGUCUGCUUUGUGGCUUCUACUUUGAGUACGAUUUCCAGCGAUAAUGCCCAACAGACAGCGGACAUUUAUUUGCAGGCGGAUGUCAUUACGAAGCCUCUAAAGGAACCCAGCGUGGUAAGAAGCGUAUGCGAAUGGAUGAUGGUAUUCUUUUUUGCUGUUUACUUUUUAACAUUUGUGAAAGAAAGUCAGAAGAUCUCUGUGGUCAUUACCUUUCGACAUCUUAUCACAGGAAGACGAAUUUCCAUUGCCUCUUUAACUAACAUGAGUAAGAUUUGAUUCGUUUACGCAAUUCUGGUUAUGAAUUGCUCAAACUAUUACGAACAUGAGCAGCUAUUCUAUGGCUGCAAAUUUUUCGCAAGUUUUUACUUGUGGGAAAUAAAUACUGCCAUCUUUAAAAUAUACAUCUGGCCAAUGAAACGAAAUGGAUCUCUUAUGAAAUUUCUGCAACGAACUCUGCAUUUUCUUUCAAAUAUUCAAAGAAAUUAUUUUGAAGUUUUUUUCCGUCCACCUUCUUCGAAUGUAUGUUAUUUAAUUCUUGUCUCAUCGUAAAUGUAUAAAAUAGCACUACUGCAGAAAUAUGUUAAACUGGAAUACCUGAAAUGAAAGUCAAUUUUAUUGGGUGAAAUUUGCCCGUUCCGCAGUGUAACUAUUUUAAUGUUAGUGCAUUAAUGUGGAAGGUUCAGUUUUAGAACAGAAUAUGUAUGUUAUUGACUAAUGAUCUCAUCUUUUGUCUUUGAGCAAAUGAAUCACUUUGGAAUGUUUUUCUAGUCAUUACUAUGAAACAAAACAAAUGUUCAAUCUUUUCACACCAUUUCUCACACCGUUUUUGUAUUUGAUACUUGUUUUUUUAUCGAAGUUUGAUGAUAUUUAUGUAAUACAUACUGGUUUAGUCGUCAUAAUGUAAAAACACCUAUCAAGCGAAUUAUUUAUUUGAGUUUCUGCUCAAUUUUAGUAGGUGCAAAUAAUUUCAAUUGUUCAUUAUUUUUUCUCUCCCUAGAAAAAUUUUAUGCAAAUUUUCAUUCAUAGUUCAAAAUCAUAAUAUAAUAUUCAAUGUCAUAAUUCAUAAUUCAAAAUCAUUUAUAGUUCCUCCUUUUAGUUUUUACUCAUAAAUUUUCUUUGUGCUAAUAGUUUAUGAAAACCUCACCGGUAUUAAAAGGUAUAAGCAUUUUCGUGUUCUUGAUCUCUGGAACUCAAAAGUUUUCCUAGAAUAAAUUGUUGUGUCUUAAUUUCCAUUAAUAUAUCUAUAUGCAUAAAAUCUACGUAAUGUGGAAAGAGCAGAUUUUCAUUUUUUAAUGUAAGCACAUACAGAUAUCUGAUAAAUCCUAUUUAAAAUACAAAAUUUUUUAACAUACAUGCUCGUAUAGAUAUAUACAUCCAAUCUGAUUUAACUGUAUAGUGCAAACGCUUCAUUGCAUUGUCUUCUGAAAAUAUUUGUUUGUAUUAUAUCCUAAGCUAUUUUCAUGCUUGGACAUCUCUGCAAAUGUAUGAUAUGCUGUUCGAAACGAAAGUCCACAUUAUUUUAUAUACUGUGUACACAAAGGUGUACUUUUUUGUAAAUAAUUGUUUUCUUGUUAAUAAAACUGUUUUAUUCUCCUUCUA